AUGAAGACAGGGGCGACGCUACUGCUGAGCCUACUGCUCAGUCCUGUGCAUGGAUUGACCAGCGCAUCCACCACUAUCUGGUUUGGCAAACCAGGUGUGAUAUGGACCGAUGCACUUCCUGUUGGUAAUGGGCGAUUAGGGGCGGUCAUUCACGGUGGGUAUGGGAUGGAGCAAGUUGGAUUGAACGAAGACUCGAUAUGGAGCGGAGGGCUGCAGAAACGCAUCAACUCCAACGCAUUGGCCGCAUUCCCCGGAAUACCCGAGGCUUUCACGAACGGAAACAUCAGCAAAGCGGACGAAAUCUGGCAUAACAAUUUGAAAGGAACUGGGACGCAGGUGCGGCAGUAUCAACCCGCUGGAAAUAUGAUGAUCGAAUUUGGCCAGAAUGUUUCCAGCGUGUCUGGUUACAAUCGGUCUCUGGAUUUGACGACUGGAGAGAAUCACGUGUCUUAUACUAGAAACGACGUUACCUACUUGCGACAAGCUCUUGCGAGCUAUCCGCAUGAUACGCUUGGCUUUCGAUACACGGCGGACAAAGCUGGAGCUCUGGACAUGAAGAUUUCUCUGACCAGAAACGAAAGUGUGACUGGACUGAAGGUUGAUCUGGAGAAGUUGUCCAUCACAAUGUAUGGCCAAGGAACGAAUGAUUCGUCGUUGAAGUUCGUGCACUCAAUCAGAGUUGUGGCAGAUACAGGUGGAAAGGAAGUUAGAAUAUACUACGGAGCCGAGACUACUUUCCGUCACGCAAAUGUUGAAGCGGCAGAAGCAGCCAUGAAUGCCAAACUAGAUGCUGCUGUGGCGGUUCCGUGGGAAGAGUUCAAGUCGAAGGCAAUUGAGGAUUACAAGAAUCUUGCAGAUCGAGUACAAUUAGAUGUGGGAAGCUCUGGAGAGAUCGGCCGCCUUGACACUGGUCAGCGACUCAAGAACUGGAACACUACUGGCAAUGCGACAUCAGAUCCAGAGUUGAUGGCUCUUACCUACAAUUAUGGCAGAUUCUUACUGAUUGGCUCUUCGAGGAUUGGAAGCUUACCAUCGAACCUUCAGGGUGUCUGGAAUGAUAAGUUCAAGCCACCGUGGGGCUCACGGUUCACGAUCAACAUCAACACCGAGAUGAACUAUUGGCCAGCCGAAACUACCAACUUGGCGGAGACACACCUCCCAGUGUUCGAUCAUCUUUUGCGGAUGCAAGAGCAAGGUCGAUACGUGGCGAAAGGCAUGUACAAUAUGAGCGGAUGGGUCUGCCAUCACAAUACCGAUCUUUGGGGAGAUUGUGUACCCGUGGACGACCAAACUUACUGGGCCGCCAACCCAGUCGGUGGCGCCUGGCUGGCUCUGCACCUGAUCGAGCACUUCCGUUUCAACGGCAAUACGACCUGGGCAUCUUCGACAGCCUUACCAAUCCUGAGCGAUGCACUUACGUUCUUCUACGACUUCUCCAUCAAGAAAGGCGACUACAACGCCCUCAUCUACGACUCCUCGCCCGAAAACUCCUAUCACAUCCCCAGUAACAAACAAGUCCCCAACGCAACCACGGGUAUCGAUCAAGGCUCCGCGCACCCCCGUCAAGUCCUCCACGAGCUCUUCUCCGGCUUCAUCGAGAUGUCCGAAGCAACCGGCAGUAUCGAUGGCGUCGCCAAAGCCAAAGACUAUCUUGCACACAUCGAGCCGCCGAAUGUUGCUACAGACGGCCACCUCCUCGAAUGGUCUGGCGAUUUCAGAGAAACCGAGCCCGGUCAUCGCCAUCUCUCGCACCUCCUAGGCGUUUAUCCCGGCGGGCACAUCAGCCCGCUGAUCAACAAGACAGCAUCGGACGCCGCACUUGUCAGUCUGGACAAUCGUAUCGCAGCCAGUACGGAUCCGAUUGGGUGGUCGAAAGUCUGGGCUGCCGGCAUAUACGCGCGUCUCUUCGAUGGAGAUAAAGCUGCAUUCCACCUUUGCGAUUUGAUCAGUAACUAUCUCGCUGGAAAUUUAUUCGAUUUGAAUAUUGGGGUGUUUCAGAUCGAUGGGAAUUUGGGAUUUACGGGCAGUAUGACGGAACUGUUUCUGCAGAGUCAUGCAGGCGUUGUGCAUUUGGCGCCUGCGCUGCCGAGUAAUUUGAUACCGGAGGGAAGUGUGAGUGGGCUCGUUGCGAGGGGCGGAUUUGUGGUGAGUGUGAAGUGGAAGGAUCAUAAGUUUGUGGAGGCAACAGUGGAAGCGCAGAGGGGAGGACUGUUGAAGUUGAGGGUGGAGGACGGGAGAGAGUUCAAGGUUGAUGGGUUGGCAUACGAUGGGAGUAUUGAGACGAGUGCUGCGGUCGUGUACAAGAUCAGUAUCUAG